CGGUCCUGUUAUCUGCGGUACUGUUUUUCUUGCGCAUGGAGGGCAACACUUGCACGUUUGAUCCAUUAAAUAAACUGCGUAUUUGUGCAUUUCUGUGAGGAUUUUUAUUUGUCGAUAAGAAAGAAACAUUAACAACAUGGAGGACAAUAGUCUGGAUGAUUUUUUUGCCAAGAAAGACAAAACAAAAAAGAAGAGCAAAUCAAAAUUAACCCCAAGUGACUUCCUAGCCCAACAGGAAGCCGGUAUCAAGAAGUCAAAGAAGAAACAAGAUAAAGAAAACGAAGCACAAUCAGAAGAAAGAAAAACUACCAAUGUAAUCUUAGCUCAGAAAGAUGAUGAAGAAUGGGUUGACUUUGAAGCAGAAACAGAAACAGACUACAGUGGGUUGAGGAUACAGAAUUUACAAAUAUCUAACAAAGAAGAGGAAGGAGAAGUUGAAGAAAAUGAAAAUGAAAACGAAGAAGAUGGAGAGACUAAAGAAAAGAGAGAAGCUGCCUCAGGCCCUUGGCAUGGUUCCCAACAGUCUUCUCACCCUGUACAAGUAGCAUCAACAGCAAUGCCAGAACCUCCACCACCUGAACCUGAACCUUCCAAAGAUGACAAACCAAAACUAGGAAAGUAUGUUCCUCCUGGUGCAAGAUCAGGAGGCCAGUCAGCAACAGGAACACCAACAAGACCUACACCAAGAAGGAAAAAAAAUGCUCCAAAUUUACACAGUGAAGACGAUUUCCCUACAUUAGGAGGGGGCAACGCUCCAGAGAUUAACAGUUGGGGAAGCUCAGGUGGAUCUAGAGGAGAUUUUGAAAAAGUACAGUCCGGAGGUAGAAAUAUAGACGAUUCUAAUAAAGUUAACCAACAGUUAUCACUUGGUAACAGAUAUUCGUCUCUUCAGGAUUGAUAUAUGCUCCUUUUAGGAUUAUUUCAUUACUGGAAGAUCAGCUGUGAUGUAGAUCUACACUGGUGUCACUGUUGAUAUUUCUUUUUAGUCAUUUUCUAGUUAAAAUGAUAAAGACUUGUGAAACGUCUAUAAAGUCUAACUUGUUACAAUUUUCAUAAUUUAUUGAUACAUAUGUUUAUACCAUUUCUGAUAUAUUUAAUUCAUUUAUUGAUCUGGUUUGUUUAUGUUAAAUAAUAAAGUGCUAUAGUUCUUUUACUUAGAAAUAAUUUUUCUACAUGUUGUGUAGGUUCAUUUCAUUUAAACAUAAAAUUGAAAACAGUUUCAUAAAGAAGCAUUCACAGAAGGUAAAAAAGAAUGUUUAAAUUACGGUACUUCAUAUAUUUGACAAGUCACAUCAUAUUCAUGGUACUAUAGAACCACUAUUACUGUCACCAUUUUUGCAAUAGACUUGAUUAGAAUUUACAUGCACUAAUCACUAUCAGUUAGUACUCACAAGCCAAUGGGAUUUUAGAUUGUUGCUUUAUUUCAAAACAAAGGGGGCAUUGUUUUGUAUGUGAAAGUUGUUAUUAGAUUUUUCUGUCAACCUCUCUAUUGCCAGUAAUGACUUAGAUGUUUUAGAUAGCUUGUCACUGUACAAUAACCAAAAUAAAAUGUUGACAUUAAAUUUUAUGCUUGAGUGUGGUGUUCUUGUGAAUGUGAUAAAUGAAAUAUGAUAAACAAAAUGCAUUGCUAAUUUGGACAAGGUCAGUAAUUGUUUAGUUUUAGCUAUUGUUUGUUGUGAUUAUCAUAGACAAACAUGAAAUUUUCUUCAUGAUUUAAGAAAAUGACUUGUAUAUUUCAAAUUUUCAAUGCAGCUUUCUACUCAUUCUUUGUUGAUUUUUUUUCAAUUUUUAUAGAAAUAUGAAUUCCAUAUAAAUUAAUAAACUUUAUGCAAUGUGAUAUUUAUCUAAGGUUUACUCCGUAUUCAUUGUGAUAUGCUAUUUUUGUUAUCUGAUUGUAUCAAUACAGUUUUCUUAAAAUAUGAAACAGUUCUAGUCCUUGUUCAACAUUACAAAAUCAUCAAUUUUCAGUGUUAAUGGUUUUAGUUCACAUGCAUAUAUCUUACCUCUUAUAUUGGUGACAUUUUGUAGGUAAAAUGUCUUCUUGUUUAGACUAGGUUAUUAUAAAACGUUAGUUGCUCAGUUACAGUAGAUGAGGAUGUACUUUUGAUAGCUGAAUGCAAAAAUAAACAUCAAUAUUUUUCAAUAAACAAAGAGGGCAUAGCUUUGUGUGUGAACAGAAAUCAAUAUAUAUAAUAUUUAUCUGGGUUAUAUUUGACAAGCCAUGUUUAACCAGACUUGUUUUUAAUAAACAAUACAAUAGUUUCCAUAAGUAGUGCAGAAGCUAUAUAGACUACUGUUGAUUCAUUUAUUUUCAUAGUUACCAAUUUUGUGGGUUAAGGGAAACUUGUGUUUUAUGGACACUUGAAUGUGUGGUUUUACUCAUGUCUGCAUACAAGCCUAGAAAGCAUUUUGUUGAAUAUUUAAAUUUGUGGUCCACCACUACUCAUGGAACUCACCAAAAUGGUAUUCUAGGAAUAAUAAUGAGUCCACAGUAUGAUAUGUUAACAUAAAUUGGUGAAAUAAGUGAUGCAGGUUAUACUUUUCUUGAAUUAUGGCAUUAUGCAUUUACAAAUAUCCUUAUAUAUUGUUCUCAUUCUCAUUUAAGUAAACUUAUUUUUGUAUGGUUGUUUUUGAUCUUGAGACUUUUUUAACCAAUUAUUGUCUCUAAUGUUUAUGCCUGGGUAUGUAGAUUAACUCUUCAUGGAUAGGUACACUCCCUGUUAAAUAAAGAUUAACCAUCUUCGAUCUUUCAAAUUGUCAUACUCUCUUUUAUGUCAUAUGACUUUGACCUCAUUUUCAUGAUGCAGAGGUCAGGUCAUCAAUGUUUGGUAUUUGAAUGUGCUGAGGAGUAUAUUGGAGUAUUCAUUUGACUUCAAUUGUAUAUCUUUAACUUCACUUUCACCAUUUAGUUGUCAGAUUCAAGAUCUUCAGUAGAUCUGCAUAACAGAUUAACAAUAGUUGGUUAAAACAAAAUUCUAUGUCCUCAAUUCGAGAUGACCCACUAUGCAGUACCUACUUACUUGACGUAUUGUUUGAUUUUAUUUAUCCUAAAUAAUCAAACACAAAUUCAUUAUUGGUCAAAUAUAUCUGAUAGUUGGUUGGUUCAAACAAGUAUUAUGUUUUGCAUGUCAAAAGGCUUUGACCUUUAGAUAGAUGCUUACCAAUAUUCAUUAAAUGGAUUUGUUGUAAGGAAUAGAUAUGAACUAAACAUGAGGUAACAUUAAGAUUUCAAUGUGUAUGCAAAGUGUGUCAGGAAUUAGGGACGACAACCUAAGUGUGGAAGUCAAUUUUAUCAGUAAUGACAUAUGAUAGAUAAGUCAGUAAAAUUUUGUACAUGAAAAAAUGUUUAUCAGAUUUGUUAAUGUUAUAUUUGACCUUGUUCUCUUUUUCAUCCAAUUAUCAGGUUAAAUGUCCUUUUCUGGGUAAUUAUACAUCAUAGGUUGACAAUUUUUAGCAUGUGUUUUUGUUGUCAGAAAUUUAUCCAAAUCACAUGGCUAUGAUCUCCGUUACAUAAUCUAAAUGUAAGUUGUGUUUGUUUUUAUUACAAUCUAACAAAUUAUACUUGAUUGACAAACUUUGUGAAAGUUCUUUAUUAAAAACAUUUGUGGUUUUGACAGGUAUCAUGUGAUUAUGGUCUCAUUUCAAAUCUUAUCGACCAUCAAAUUACUGUUAAUUUAGUAAAUAUUGCAUACAUUAUUAAAAUGAUUGUUGAGAUAAAGUUAAAUAUUUGGUUUCUAAUAAUUCUGCACACAAAUAAUGCAAAAGAAAUUUAUGAUGGGAAAUAAUGUAUUUGUGAUCUUGACAUUGUUACAUGUUUCUCAAAAAUUUGAUUCACAGUAAACCAAAUAUUGUAGCAGUCAAGACAUUUUUAAGUGUCAACUCUUAUUUUGAUUUUUAAUUUGUUUUGUGUAUAUCUAUAAAUGUGUAUUGCAUGAAAGCUAGAAAAUUUGUAAAAUGUAAACAUUGGGAUUUGUUGAUUGUAAGAUUAUUAAAUGAGUGUAAGAAAAUUGUAUGUUUAUAUAGACAGGUUGUUGCUUUAUGUUUUAUUUUCAUAAAUUGCUUUGAAUAGGAUGUAGGUUAAAAUCAGACAAAAAAAUAGUUGUAUGACUGAAAAAUGUCUCAUCAGUUAUACGUAUGACUAUUAUAGGAAAUAAAAUAUUGUAUGCAAACUUGUCUGUAAUAAAAACACUUGUGAGUAAAAGAGGAAAUUAGAAGAAAGGAUAAACAAUUUGUUAAAUAUGGCAUCAAAAAGUGCUAUUUAAAGUUUUUUGAAAAUGUUCUUUAUGAUUAUGAUGGAAAUUUUUAUGACACAGGAUUAAAAAGAUAUACAGUAUA